AUGACAUCGAUAGUCAAACCGUUUUCCUUCCUUUUGAUUGCGCUCAUCCUGGCGAUCAGCCUCGUCCUGGAAAUCGCUUCCGCACAAACCGGUGCAGACGCGGACGGAGAACCCUAUGCGGAUCUUGAAGCCAGUCUGGCGGAACUCUCAUCCGACAGUCUCGGCGAACUGCUGGAAUUCGUCUCGGGCAACACGCUCUUCGUGAUCUAUCACGAAGGUGGACACAUGCUCGUCUCGGAGCUUGGACUUCCGGUCCUUGCUCAGGAGGAAGACGCGGUCGACAACCUUGCCACGAUUUCCAUGCUGGCCGCCGACACCGAUGACAUGGACCUCUUUCUCUAUCAUGCAAUGACCGGCUGGUUCCUGAUGUCGGAGGACAACCACGACGCACUGAUCUUUUACGACGAACACGAUCUCGACCAACAGCGCGGAUAUCGAAUGCUCUGCAUGAUGGUCGGCGCGGACGAAGCUGCGUUUCUGGACCUUGCCCAAGACCUUGCACUUCCUGAAGAUCGUAUCGACAGCUGCGGCUUCGACUUUGACCAGGCGUCUGAGUCCUGGGAAGUCGUUACCGAUCCGUUUGUUCGUGAUGGCGAUGAGCCGGCCGGCAAGAUCGAUAUCAUCUAUGAAGAUGCACCUGAAAACCUGAAGACACUGGCGACCUCCUUUCAGGAAAGCGCCUUGAUGGACCAGGUUGCCAACGAACUCGAUACAUUCUACGACCUGCCCGAACAGGUGACAUUCCGCGCGACCACCUGCGGCACCGACAAUGCUUUUUGGGAUCCGGACUUGCGCGAGGUGAUUAUCUGUUACGAACUGCUCGGCGGAUUUGCAUCGCUAUACCUUGAUCUGCUGUCUGGCGAGGACUGA